GCUUCCCCGAGGAUUGGUUUUCUGGGAUCCCUCUGCGGGGAUUGGUUGGCUCCCGAAUGUGGGCUGGCCUGGGCAGCUUAGCUUCUCAGCCUGGUCAGGUUACAUACCUGGAGGAGGAGCAGGUGGGCUUCCCCUAAAGCCUCUGUCUUGUGAGCUGUGCACUUUCUUAUUCUUUUGCCGUGUCUCCCCUUUAAAGCAGGCAGAGGGAAGGGGGUCUCAGGGCAGAGAGUCUCUGUGGGGCCCUAGGCUCUUUUCUCAUUGAACUUUGGAACCACCUCUCCCAAGCCCCCUAGUAGGACCUGGGGAAGGAAAGGGAAAGGAAGUUGACCUAUAACCUGGUGCAAGGCAGAGGGUGCUGUGCUAUAGGGAACAGGCUCUUGAGUGAGGGGUGUUGGGCUGCAGGGAGUAGGGUAAAAGUGACUAUGCGAGGGGGCAUGUGUUCUUCCUAGGAUGCAUAGCUGAACCAAGGAGGAAGAUGCUGAUGCUGUUGUAUCACUUUGUUAUGCUUCGUUAUUGCAUCACUUACGAAUGUGGGGGUUUUUUGCGGGGAGGGGGGAAAUCCAUGCUGGGGGAGCUGAGCUGUAAUAAACCUUGCUAUUAAGCCAAAGUCCUUCCCCCUCCCCGCAUGCUUGAGUUUUAUUUCAGCCCGGCUUCUCCCUGGAUGGGUUAUGUCCUGCACCCCUUGACCUCCUCCGCUUGCCACAAAGCUGUCCUCAUGUGCUGCUGGCUGUUGCUUCCCACAGCCCAGGAGGCUGCGUCAGAGUGCUGCUGUGAAUGGGCGAGCUAAGCCAGAGGAAGGACCCAGCUGCCAGGAACUAGCACCGCUGCCACUCCUGCCCCAAACUUUCCCUCUGAAAUCUAUCCUGUUGCACCCUGGGCAAAACUCCACACCGUUUGGAGAAGAGGAAGGGCACAUUGCUGAGAGAGCAGCAGAAUGGCGAGCUGGAAUUAGUGGACAAGUAAACUGAGUUUGGACUGAGCUGUGGCCAAAUAGUUCCUUUCACCUUGUGUUCUGGAUCUUUGAUGCGUGGAUCAGGUGAGCCAGCAAGUGUCGGAGACCAGUGGGGUCUGAUCUGAACUUCUGGAGUUUUCUGGACUGCAUAAGGAAGGCUGCAUAUCGUAGGCUGUGUUCACUGUUGCCGCUCAAUGUUGAAGAGGAAAUAAGAGACGCCCCUCACUGCUGCUUCUUUGCCUUCCCUACGGGGAUCCAUGUCGCCUCCUCGUGUCCAGUUCCCAGCGGCCUUCCAGUAUGUCCUGGUUUAGCGGCAUCCUGGUGCCCAAAGUGGACGAGCGGAAGACUGCUUGGGGGGAGCGCAAUGGGCCCAAGCGCCACCGCCCAGCGCUCUGUGGCCCUCGCUACAUGAGUUGCCUGCAGGACCCGGAGCUGGAGCGCGGAGGCAGCGGGGGACUGGGCCUGAACUGUUCGUGGCAGGAGGACCACUAUGGCAAGAAGGCGCCGCCGCCACCCCCGCCUGGCACUGGGGACCUGGGACUCAAAGCUGUGGACCUGGGCUUCGAGGACGGGGGCGGAGAGGCCAAGGGGCUCUCGGCCAGCGACUGCGGCCGGCGCCUGCUGCAAGUGUUCCGCUCCAAGCGCUUCCGUUCGGCCAAGCUGGAGCGGCUCUACCAGCGCUACUUCUUCCAGAUGAACCAGAGUUCGUUGACGGUGCUCAUGGGAGUCUUGGUGCUGGCUUGCAGCAUCAUGCUGCUGUUCCACUGCGUGCCUGGCACUCCCCGCGUGCCCUAUGCCGCCGCCCUGGCCGUGGCGGCCGCCCUGUUCCUCUCGCUCAUGGUCCUCUGCAACCGGACUGGCUUCCACCAGGACUGCAUGUGGGCCGUGAGCUACCUGGUCAUUGGGGCGUUGUGCGGGGUGCAGGCUCUGGGCACUCUCCUGGUCUCGCCACGCAGUGCCUCCGAGGGCGUCUGGUGGAGCGUCUUCUUCAUCUACAUCAUCUACACCCUCCUCCCCGUCCGCAUGAGGGUGGCGGUCCUGGCUGGAGCCUUGCUCUCUGUGCUGCACCUGGUAAUCUCCUGGCACCAGAACAGGGCGGACUCCUUCCUUUGGAAGCAGCUUGGAGCCAACAUUUUGAUAUUCCUGUGUACCAACGUCAUUGGCAUCUGCACCCACUACCCGGCUGAGGUGUCGCAGCGCCAGGCCUUCCAAGAGACCCGGGGCUACAUUCAGGCACGGCUACACCUGCAACGUGAAAACCGCCAGCAGGAACGGCUCUUGCUUUCAGUGCUGCCCCAGCAUGUUGCCAUGGAGAUGAAGGAGGACAUCAACACAAAGAAGGAGGACAUGAUGUUCCACAAGAUCUACAUCCAGAAACAUGACAAUGUCAGCAUUCUGUUUGCUGACAUUGAGGGUUUCACUAGCCUGGCGUCCCAGUGCACAGCGCAGGAACUGGUCAUGACACUGAACGAGCUGUUUGCCCGUUUUGACAAGCUGGCUGCGGAGAAUCAUUGCCUCCGCAUCAAGAUCCUGGGGGACUGCUACUACUGUGUCUCUGGACUUCCAGAACCGCGGGCGGACCAUGCCCAUUGCUGCGUGGAGAUGGGCGUUGACAUGAUUGAGGCCAUUUCGCUGGUGCGUGAGGUGACGGGGGUGAAUGUGAACAUGCGUGUCGGGAUCCACAGUGGGCGUGUACAUUGCGGAGUGCUGGGGCUACGCAAGUGGCAGUUUGACGUCUGGUCCAAUGAUGUCACCCUGGCCAACCACAUGGAGGCUGGUGGCAAAGCAGGGCGGAUCCACAUUACGCGAGCUACGCUGCAGUACCUGAAUGAGGACUACGAAGUGGAGCCAGGGCACGGGGGCGAGCGCAAUGCCUACCUUAAGGAGCACAACAUCGACACCUUCUUCAUCGUGGGCUGCAGCCAGAAACGAAAAGAGGAGAAGGCCAUCUUAGCCAAGCUGCAGAGGGCUCAGGCCAAUUCUACCGAAGGACUGGUGCCUCGCUGGGUGCCUGAGCGCUCCUUCCCCCGGACGAAGGACUCCAAGGCCUUCCGACAGAUGGGUAUUGAUGAUUCCAGCAAAGACAACCGAAGCACGCAGGAGGCCCUGAACCCUGAAGAUGAAGUUGAUGAGUUUCUGGGCAGGGCCAUUGAUGCUCGAAGCAUUGACCAGCUGCGCAAGGACCAUGUCAAGCGCUUCCUGCUCACUUUCCAGAAGCCAGAGCUGGAGAAGAAGUAUUCCAAAAAGGUGGAUACCCGCUUUGGCGGCUAUGUGGCUUGCACCGUCCUUGUCUUCUGCUUCAUUUGCUGCAUCCAGAUUGUCAUCUUCCCGCACUCCCCUCUGAUGCUUGGCGCCUACAUCAGCAUCUUUGUCAUCCUGGCCACCAUCCUUUUUGUCUGUGCCAUCUAUUCCUGCCUUGGCCCUUUUCCAGCGGCCCUGCAGCGUGUCUCCCGCAAGAUUAUCCAGUCCCGAAUGAACAGCACGAUUACUGGUGUUGCUGCCAUCCUGCUGGUCUUCAUCUCUGCUUUUGUCAACAUGUUUGCUUGCAGCCGGCUCCGCCUCCAAGACUGCGCUGCCGGGUUUCUCAACAUUACUCCAGCCGCCGUGGGGCCCUGCCACCUACAUGCCCUCAACUACUCGUUGGCAUCAGACACGCUGCCCUGCCAGGGAAAUGGCGCUUCUAGCUGCAGCUUCCCUGAGUACUUCACUUACUCGGUGUUGCUGAGUCUACUGGCUUCCUCUGUUUUCCUGCACAUCAAUAGCCUUGGGAAGCUGGCGUUGCUGAUAGGGAUGGAGGUGGUGUACCUGGCCGUGGCCGAGGGCCCCCAGGGGGUGUUGUUCAACAACUACGACCUGCUGGUGGCUGCUAAUGCCCUGCCAGCCUUCAAUGAGACCCACAGCAGUCAAGAUUGUUCUGCCGAGGGGAAAGUGGCCUUACAGUACAUGACACCUGUCAUCUUGCUGCUCUUUGCUUUGGCACUCUACCUGCAUGCCCAGCAGGUGGAGUCUACGGCCCGGCUGGACUUUCUCUGGAAACAACAGGCUACAGGUGAGAAAGAGGAGAUGGAGGAGCUUCAGGCCUACAACCGUCGGCUGUUGCACAACAUCUUGCCCAAAGAUGUGGCCGCUCACUUCCUGGCCCGCGAGCGCCUCAACGACGAGUUGUACCACCAGUCGUGUGAAUGUGUCGCCGUCAUGUUUGCCUCGAUCAGUAACUUCUCAGAGUUCUACGUGGAGCUGGAAGCCAACAAUGAAGGCGUUGAAUGUCUGCGGCUGCUUAAUGAGAUAAUUGCCGACUUCGAUGAGAUUAUCAGUGAUGAGCCAUUCAGGCAGCUGGAGAAGAUAAAGACGAUUGGCAGUACCUACAUGGCGGCUUCAGGGCUGAAUGACAGCACGUAUGACCGCGAGGGGCGCUCCCAUAUUACAGCGCUGGCAGACUAUGCGAUGCGGCUCAUGGAGCAGAUGAAAUAUAUCAAUGAACACUCAUUCAAUAACUUCCAAAUGAAAAUUGGGCUAAAUAUUGGGCCAGUAGUGGCUGGGGUGAUUGGCGCCCGAAAGCCGCAGUAUGACAUUUGGGGCAACACGGUGAAUGUCUCUAGCCGUAUGGACAGCACUGGUGUCCCUGACCGUAUUCAGGUGACAACUGACCUAUAUCAGGUAUUGGCAGCCAAAGGUUAUCAGCUGGAGUGUCGUGGGGUCAUCAAGGUCAAGGGCAAAGGCGAGAUGACCACCUAUUUCCUGAAUGGAGGCCCCACCAGUUAGCAAGAAAAGAGCCUUUGCUUAACAAAGGGACCUAUUAAGCUGGGCUCAGUCAGGCACCAUGGGGUUGAUUGGUUCUCUGUCUUUCUCUCUUUGCUCUGGAUUUUGGAACACACCCUCCUAAAAAGGGAAGAACCCCUACAGCUUCUGAAAUGGGAUCCUUGAUCGUCUUGGAAACAGAAGAGAUGUCGGGGGGUCGCUUUACCCCAUACAAGACUUAUUUUUUAUUUAUUUGGAGCAAAGCCUAACUUGGAGUGCCUCCUUUUGGGCCCGUGUGGGUGCUAUUUUGGGGUAAAGUUUGUUGUGAACCUUCUGCCGCUCUUGGGAUCGACCAAAGGACUUGGUGAAGGGAGGCUGCAGCAGGGGUUAGAAGACCCCACCCUUGUCUAUCUGUGGAUCCAGAAAGCUGACAUUUUGAUUUUAUUGUUGAAGGGAGGCUAUACCCUUUUCUUUCUGCCCCGCCUCCACCCUGAAGCAUUGCUCGGAUGUUUUUUGAGCGGGGCUCCAUUUUCCUCAUGGCGCCAUUUUGCUGAGACUUUCCAGAAGCGCAGCGACGGCACUUUUCUCUUGGGGGAGGUGACUUUCCCUCAGUGCGUUUUGUCGGUCACAUCUCUCAGCAAACACCCACUAUCUUUUUGUUCGUGUGUGUGUGUGUGUGUGUGUGUGUGUGUGUGUGUGUCUUUCUCUCACACACAUAACACGCUCUCACAAACUCACUGUGAUGUUUGGGAAUCUCUCUCUCUCUCUCUCUCUCUCUCUGAGGGAUUGUCAUUUGGGGUACAGUUCUCAUUUGCCAAAUUGCUAUGUCUGGUUGGAAUGAAGGGGAGCGAUGACAAGCACUUGAGGUGCUUUGAGAGGGGGGAAAUGGGACAGUGGCUGGGGGUUGUGGUUUUGAUGCCAAAGAGACGGGAAGGAAACAGGCCUUCUUUCCCCUGCCUCCGCUGCCACUCCAUCUCCUGUAAUAGCCAGGGAAAGAGGCUUUGCUGCCCUGUGGAGAUGCAAACCUGCCUUAGGUGCCUGAAGUAAAGGGGACAGAUUGUUUUGUCUGCAGCCCUCCCCUUCCACCUUUCUGCAGAAGGGAACUUCUUCCCUACUCACUUGGGACCCCAAAAUAAAAAAGUAGAAAUUACUUAACAGGAGCUGGAAUUGGCAGACAGAGCAAGCUCCUUCCUUCUAGCCCACUCUCAUGGAUCUUUUGCUGUUAAGUGCCAUGUCUCUUCUCCACUCACCGCGCCCCCUCUUUUAUCCAUCUUUUAGGUUUGGUCUAGUUGGUUCUACUGACCUUGUUUCCUGGGGGUUGUGAGGGUAUUUUCCCGUCUUUCUCAUACAUAUUAUAUAUGUAGCGCCAGAAAAAUAAUAACGUACCCGUCCCCCUUCUGCUCUUUAUCCCAUAUGUUGGAAGUCUUGAGGGUAGGUGGGUGUGCUUAUCCUAAGCAAAGUGGACUUCCACAAAUUUGGGGGUCUGGCUGCCCUAGUGAAUGUUUGCUCUGACCCUCCUGACUGGCAGGAAACACAAUAGAUGACAAAAUCCGCAAAGUGAGAGCUCUGUGUUAAUUGCCGGAUUUAAGUUGGUGAGAACAUGGCACUGAGGUGGAAGAGGAGAAGACCCUUGACUCCUUUUAUUUUUAUUAGCCUAGGUGGGUGGGAAUGGGGAUCUAUUUGCACCAAAGUACUAACUGGUCAUAGGAACUUCAGAAACCAUGUGUAAAAAAAGAUUUGAAAGAGAGCUCACUUUUUUUCCCCCCAGAGCUCCCCACACCUAUAUUACCUGCCAAUGAUUCCAAGGAGAAAUUAUUUCCAAACCUAUUAUAGUACACAAAAUCUAGGUUAGCAUGAUGCAAAACUGGCAUAAAAGGAUUACUGCAAGAGAUUGAGACUGCAGGCAGUGUGGGCAAGACGUGACACUGGGCAUCUUGCACGGCCAGGUCCACAUCAACAUAGCUGCUCUCAUCUCUGUUGCCCGCCUCGGCGGCCGCCGCCGGCCAGCCCCACCAUGCCCUGCUGCUCAGCAAGCCCAUGGCUGCUCACCUGCCUCCUCCUCAUGGGGCCCAUGCCAAGGCCGCGGCCGCCGGCGACUCAGCGACCAGCGGCGGCAACGGCCGCCGCCAUUGUAGCCACGGCCAAGAGAGCUCACUGUUGAGUGGUGAAAGUGUGCUGAAAAGAAGUGUGUGUCUGUUUGGUGUAGAAGGGCAGGUCCAUCUGGUCAGUAGCUGGCACGGCUGGCCAAUGGCACAGUUAUUGAGCACUUGCUAUUUCCCAGAUCGAUGGGUUGUGGCUGCCAUUUUGAAAUGCUCCAUCUACUUCUCUAGCCCCUGUAGGGGCACCUUGGAUAGUGCAGGCAUGCAGCCUGCUUACAUUCUGCCUGUUUCCUCUAUAAUUUUCCCAUUUUAUGCAGUGGGUGCAAUUCCACCUUUGGAGGAACCACCUUUGGCCUAUUUUCACUUGACCCUGUUCCAAGGAGUCUUUUAUCUGCAGCUGUGGACUGAAUUGGUUGCAAGCAUGUGUAUGGGUAUGUCCCACCCACUACCAUAGUUUGGGUCUUGUCCCUCUCAUAUCUGAUGUUGGCAAGUUACAGCCCCCCUUUCCACCUUUUGUUACAUAGGAUUCCAGUACUGAACCAGAUUCCUUGGAAACAAGGUUUAUUUUGCUCAACUCUUUGUCACAAGUGACACCUAAAUUGGGGGACAUCUAAGCCAUGGGGAAGCAAGGUAGCUUUGUGAAAUCUCUAUUCCAUUGAAGAGGAUGGAUAAAGCGGAAAACAACUAUUUUUAAUUGAAAAAAAUGAGUCUUUUAAAGAAGGAGGGAAAGAAGUUGAAGAUUAUUCUUUUUUAGUUUAUGGUUUAAAAAGCUCUAAUAUUCCUUAAUUUUUUAAAAAAGAAAAGAUUAUUUUUAAUGGACAACUGUCAUUGUGCAUAGCCUAUGAGUUAUUUAUGCUCACCAUGGGGAAGACCAUGUAGGAGGAGAGAGUGAGCUUUAAAAAAAGACAAAAGUAACCCAGAUCUCCCCACUCCCUCUAGGGCUACUGCGAAAAUGGCUCAGUUGUGUUCCUUGGGCGAGGUGUAUGAGCAGAGUGGGCAAUAUGGCACUUAUUUGGUACUUUUUUUCUUUUUGUGUGUGUAUAUAUAAAUUAUAUAUUAAAGAUCACUUUCUAUUA